GGAUAUUCUAAAAUGCCCACAAGACAUAAAUCAUCCCCAAAAAUCACGUGAAUUGUCUUAAAUAUCCCCUUUUAAGCUUUCGUUCUAUAAGUAAAGGGUUUUGAGCCUUGUCUUCUUUUAUCUUAGAGUUGAAGGAAGAAUAUGAUGAAAGGCACAUCAAGUGAUCAUCAACCGACAAUGGAAAUGGAUGUUCAAAAGAAUCCAUGGUCAGGAGAUCGAACGAUGCCAAUUAUUAUUCAAGAUGACACUUACAGAGACGUGAUCAAUUGGAAGUCAUUACCAAAAUCAUUUCUACCAAGUAGUCUAGAUCUCACGGAAGAAGAUACUAGUAUAUGUUCGAAAUCAAAAGUUUUUCUCCUAAUGGUUGAACCAGAUGACAGUAUAGCUGCAGUCAAAGCGUAUAUUCAGGAGGAAAAGGGGAUUUCUUUUAAAAAACAAAAGUUGUUGAAUGAAGAUGGGGGAGUUAUGAGAGAUGCACAGACGUUAGAGUCUGCGGGAAUCAAUAAAGGAUCUACCUUAAUUCUUCGAUAUGCACCAAUAACACAAAUCUAUGUGUUAACGCUUACUAAUCGCAGGUUUAAGUUAAUGGUUGAGAGUGAUGACACCAUUGCAGAUGUUAAAGCUGCCAUUCAGGAAAAAGAAGGUAUCCGAUUUCAUAAACAGAGACUAAUCUAUAAUGGACGACAACUCGAAGAUGAUACAUCUCUCGUAGACUAUGGAAUUCAAUAUAACAGUCAACUGACACUUGUCUUGAGAUUGUGCGGUUGUUGAAUAUUAUGGUUGCUUUCUAAUUGCAUAAUCUAUAUGCAAAUUCACUUGUUAUUUCCGUUGGUUUAGAUAUAUCUUUUAUGAUCCAUGUAAAAUACUGUUAUUUUCCCUUUUGACUCUAUUAUUUUGUAUUUUUGCUCCAGUUUAAAUGGUGUUAUAUAUCCUUGAAUGGAGGCGAGGAUCAAUGGCUUGAUACAUUAUUGGAGAUUUACUUUAUGGUGUGUUUGAUAUGAAAGGGAAAAAAUGUCUGAUGGAAAAUGUAUUUUUAGAAAAUAAGUGGAUUUUUUAUUUAUGUUUUCAUGCUCGAUUUGUGAGGAUCAA